AACAUUUAUGUUUAAACAUGCUGGCACUUCAGAGAACAAAGCCUUGAUCGAAGUCAACGUCCAUCAACUCAACAUCAAUAUCUCUGUUCCCAAUUGUGAAGUCAUGAUCGUCUUCCAAAGAGGAGACAGAAAAGCACAAACUCAACCAGUCCAAUUGGUGAACAAGUGUGCCCGAAUCGAACAAAUACUCAGAGUCCCUGCUACUAUGUAUUAUGAUGUGAAACAAAAAGAGUACCAAAAGAAAAUGGGCACCAUAAUCGUUCUCAUCAAGUAUGAUAAAGGAAUGAAGAAUGCAGGCCAAAUUGAAAUUGAUUUCUCCUCCUACUUAAAUCAGAGAAAGGGAAAGAUCGAAGAGCUCUCUCCUCUGUCUAAAUGUCCUGAUCCCAAUGCAACCCUCUCAUAUACAAUCAAUUUCUUGAGUCAAGAACAAAGAUCUAAAACUCCAGAAGCCAACAUUAAUAAUAGUAUUCAAAUCAUUAAAAACAGUUAGGGAAGAUCAAUCCAAAGCUCAAAUCACUUAAUUAGACUAGCAAAAUAAACAGAUCAAAGAAGACAAUGCUCGAUUACAAUAGGAGCUUGAUCAUUUAAGAGUUUAAAAUAAAGAAUAAGAGAUCUACAUACAAUAGCUAUUAAAAUAAUCCUAAGAAACUUAACUCAAUUCAAAUUCAUCUAAACCCAUUUCAGACACUUCAACAAUGCAACCAGAAGACUGUCAGAAAUGCAUAUAAUUUCAAUUAGAAUUAGGUAUCUAUUAUCAUAUUUAUAGGAUAGAAUCAUUUAAAAAAUAAAAAAAAACUAAGCCACUCCCCUGUGAUAAGUGCUCCAAUCUAGAGUAGCAAAUUGAACAACUCAAAAAACAAUACUCCCAAGGAUUGAAGUAAGAAAGCGCUGAUCAAAAAGUUGAAUUGCUCAAUUAAGCCAACACUGAUUUAAAGGAAUAAUUAUAUGAACUUGAAUAGCAAGUAUCUAGAAUCAGGAAGGAGAAUCAGGAUCUUAAAAACAAAUUAACCAUUUAAAACUAAUAACUAAUUGAUUGCAGAGAGAGAAUCUCAGAACUUGAGAAUGAUGACGAGGAUGAUUAACGAGUUGCAGAAUACCAAAAAAUAGUUGAAAAAUCUAAUGAUGAUCUUCUGGAUGUGAAAUCAAAAUUAUUGUCCUUUUAAACUGAAUGCGAUUAGCUCUAAAGAGAGAAAAAUGAGUAUGAACAACAAUUAGAGAUUUUAUCAAAAAAAUAUGAUUCCUUAGGUAUCCGUCUUAUUCAAUACAUAGAAUUAUAACUGUUCUAACAAAAAUAAAGAUUUGCGAAUGCCAUGCAUGCUUUCCUUAGUUAGGGUGAUACAAAUGCAAUUGAAGUAUUGGAAAAGUAUAGUGGUGAUUGA